AUUUAUAAACCAUCUAGAGUCACGGAACAUUGGUCGGGCAAGCUGUUAGACUGGCUGUGGAAAUGGAUGCGAGGAGAGGGCUUCCUUCGUUCUUGCCGGCGCACGAAGAGGAAGACGGCAGGGAGAACAUAGUCUCUGAUAUCACUCAGCUCAUAGGUUGGACACCGCUUAUCGAACUAAAACGGAUUGUCGCCAAAGAGGGACUAAAUGUUCGGUUGAUUGGGAAGAUGGAAACAUAUCAACCCCUCUCAUCUGUAAAAGACCGUAGUGCUCUCAGAAUGAUAGAAGAUGCAGAGGAAAAGGGCCUUCUAACUCCAGGUGUUAGUACAUUAUUGGCGGCUACAAGUGGAAAUCUUGGAAUUGGUUUGAUGUGCACAGCUAUCGGAAAAGGUUACAAAUUCAUUGCAGUGGUGCCAGCCAAAUACUCAUUGGAGAAACUAAUUCUAUUGAGAUAUUUGGGAGCUGAAAUAUCACUGACUGAUCCUGAAUUAGGCAUUCAGGGAAUGAUUGAUCGUGUGAACAAACUAAAGGAAAGCAUUCCGGAUGUCUAUGAAAUCGAUCAGUUUACAAACCUGGCAAAUCCUGAAGCUCACUUCAGGGGCACUGGACCUGAAAUAUGGAAAGAUACAGCAGGGAAGGUAGAUAUUUUUGUAACAGCUCCAGGCUCAGGAGGCACCCUAACUGGCAUUGCAAGGUAUCUCAAGAUGAAAAACCCAAAUGUGAAAAUAGUUUGUGUUGAGCCUGUGGAGAGUGCAGUUGUUUCAGGUGGUGAGCCGGGUAAACAUUAUAUUCAGGGGGUAGGUCCAGGCGUUAUUCCAGAAAAUCUGGAUACGACUUGCAUCGACGAGGUCGUCACAGUGUCCAGCGAGGAGGCAAUGACCCAAGCGAGAAGAUUGGCAACUGACGAAGGGUUGCUUGUUGGUAUUUCUUCAGGUGCCAAUUUAGCUGCAUGCCUAAAGAUUGCAAGCAAGCAAGAAAAUGAAGGGAAGAUGAUCGUCACAAUUUUCCCGAGUGGUGGGGAAAGAUAUUUGAGCAGCAAAUUGUUUGAGAGCGUAAGGGAGGAAUGCAUGAAUAUGGCCUUUUAAGAGAAAAUGAACCAUUCCCACGUCAAUAAGGAUAUCUUUACGUUCCACGUCACUUGUUCCUGGAACUAAACUACUUGAAUUGUGUAAUGAAUGCUUAAUAAGUCUCGAAUGACAAUUUGUAUAACAAUUUAUUAAACUCUUUAUAAGAAUUUGAUUAAGUA